UCGCGUAUUGUAGAACCUGUAGUGAUCGCAGCUUCGACCAAUCAGUUUACCGUAACAUAACCUCCAAUGUACACUCGACUCGCGUUGAAAUUCUGCGAACGGGCUUUGCACCGCGGUUUAAUUAGUAGUAGACUUCAAUGCAGCACAUUGAGUCAUGCUACGAAAACAGACGUCGAGAAACAAACGAUGGACCUCACUUCAAAGAGGUUCCCCGGUUACAAGUUGAUUUAUGUCUUUCCCUACAUUGCACACGUAGCUGCUUUUAAUGGCGCGAAACGUCGAUUCACUUAUGUCACCGGCGCGGUUGUACCUGUGGCGAUUUUACUCGAGUUAAUGAGUGCCAUUCCCUUCGAAAUAACUGCUGCAUCAACAGUUAGCACACUUUUAAUAUCAGCAUUUCUACACAUCAACGGAAUCCUGUGCAAUAACUUGGUAGGAAUAAUAUAUAUAAAUUUGGAGGAAGGAAAUGUGAUAUUGUCUUACAUAGAUUACUGGGGACGUAGGUUGGAUCUGAAAACCAAUAUUGACGAUGUGAUCCCUCUAUCAGAUAACAGACUUCGUAUCACUGAUCCUCUCUACAAGAAAAUUUUGUUUAUUUCGCAAAAGAAAACAUUGAAAAUAAAUAUGAAAUUAGGAAAAAUAAUGGAUGUCCAGAAUUUUAAAAGUGUACUAGGAACGGUUUAACAGUUUCUAUAUAUAAACAUACUGUGUUAUAGUCAUUGCAUUUUAUAAGUAUUUUAUUUAUAAAUAAAAUCUAUGUUUACCAUA